AAAAAAUGUAGUGUGUUUUGGGGAGCACAGGAUUGAGAGAGCGUCCCGUCCCGGUCGCGGGGAUCCAAUUAAAUCCGGAGGGUAUUUUGUGCAUUUUAGAAAGAGGGGGCAGCGGCGGAAUAAAUCAAUAAACGCGGGCCACCACACGGUCCUGGCCCCCCCGGUCUGGGGACUCGUCGUCGACGGCACGGAUGGAAGGGCGCGGGCAGUAAGUUUGCGAGUGCCGCAAAGGAAGGUGGCCCGGCCCGUUUUUCGCCCGUUUUUCCUUGCUGGUUGCGGCGUCGUGCUAUCCCGUCAAGGACACAAGAUGAAGCCCCCCAAGUCGGCGCGACUGCUGACCUACCGGCACCUAGAGAACUUGGCGGACAUGCUCAAGACCCUGCUGGAGGAGGAACAACUGACCGACGUGACCCUUCACUGUAAGGACGGCAGCAUCAAAGCCCAUAAGGUCGUUCUUGCCGCCAGCAGUCCGUAUUUCCGCAGAAUCCUCGUCGAGCACAAGGACAACGUGGCACUCGUAAUGCACGGCAUUUCUAGAGAACGACUGAAGAAAAUUAUCGAGGUUAUUUACUAUGGAUGUGCAGAGAUUAACAUUGACGCGACGAAUGUUAUGUGCGAAUUGGUUGAUGAGUUAGAUCUUACCGGAGUUGUCGUUGUUAAUGAGAACAAUGAGAAAGAUGAUAAAGCUAACGGUCAUGGCAGAGACACCCGGUUCAAAGGUCAGAAGAGGGUGACCGUAGACUUCAACGAAAGUUCUCCGAAGCCGGCCAAACAAACUAAACAACAGAGCGUUGACAGAUUACACGAAUGCUCCAAAUCGGACAACGGAAGCGCAUCCGACUCCAAUAAUGAACCGUCUGAUCCAAAUGACUUGUAUACAGUGUCCAAAGAAGAAAUUAUUACUCCUAAAAUCAGUGAAGUGUUAAGUUUUCCCCCUGGAAUGAAAAUGUCUUCAUGGGACAAGAAGCCUAGAAAAUUCAAUUGUGAUUUAUGUCCCAGCAGUUUCAAGAGAGCAUCACAUUUAACCAGACACCAGUUAGUACACACCGGUGAAAGACCGUUCGCCUGUAAAUAUUGUGAUAAAGCAUUCUCCAGACACGACAAAUUGAAACACCACAUCAGAAAGAAUCACGACUUAGACCCGGAUUAUGUACCUAAUGAACUACUAAGAAAUUCCACUUAUAGCAUUGGCACAGUUGGAAUUCCAUCACCUACAAUGCACGGUAGCCAUUAUGAGCCGAAUUACGACGAUGAUAACAAAGUGUAUGCUUCCAAUUACCGAAAAAUUCGACCUAAAAUGGAAUUCAGUGUUGAUGGAGUGGCGACGAUUCCUCUUGUAGUAAAAUCCAAUGCAACUUCCACCCCUGUUACAAGCACAAAUAGUUCCGGUAAUAGUUUCAAUGGGUCGGCGUCUGGACAGAAAAAACGCGGAAGGCCUAGAAAAUAUCCCCCAGUUCCCCCGCCAUUGAUUAAGAGACCGAGAGGACGACCACGAUUGAAUCCUAUAGUUCCUUCUAACAAUCCUUCAAUUCACUCGCGUCAGAACUAUGACUACACCAACCUACCAUUCGGAGAUUUGGAGUUUUUGACGAAGCCGCUACACGAUGACUUAGAACAGCCAAUCAUGGAACCCCUGGUUGAAAUCAAAACUGAGGAGGGUGAACAAGAUACAACUACUCCUAAAAUAACUAACGUCUGCACAGCAUCUGAUAGGAGCUGUGACAACCUGAUAAUACCGAAAACUGAAAAUAUCAGUUCGGAUUUGUUACCAGAAGUUACCAUCACAUUAGAAGAAUCUGGUAUGAAAGAUGAUCAACCUAAAGUAAAUACAGAAAGUGAAGAAAAAUCCCAAGAAACUAUAACGGAAGAAGAAAAUAGUGCACAGGAAGAAUCAACAUCAACUCAGAGCAAUAUCGACUUCCUGAGUGGUAUUGGUUUGACAGCAAAAAUAGGAGAAUGUACGGUUACAAUAUCAGACCAAUAAGUGUUGUUCUGACGUCAAUGUACAUAGUCUUAACAAAAUUCAUCUUAUAUUACCGAUGUACUGUCGAAGACACUAGAAAAAUUCUUUAAGCUUUAAUGUAGUUUACGAUAAAGAUUAAAUUCAAACUCAUAAUCAUAAAUCACGUCACAUCGCAGCUAAUAAUUGGGAAUUGUUGAGGUUUGAGGCAAAAAUUUAUUUUUGACCACAAAGAAUCAAGAGUUUUAAUUAUUUCUAUUGAAAAACAAAUGUUUUUGCAUUUGUUUUUAUAUUGUAUUGAAAAAAUUUAUAUUUAUUUAUUGUGACUGAUUUUUAUGUUCAUACUUAUGUAUAUAUAUAUAUAAAAUUAUCUUUAUAUUGUCCUCUGUUAAUGGAUUGAGUUUGUUGUUUGGUACAAAAACAAAUUACUAUGAAUUUAUUAAAUAAAUUUUCAUAUGUGACAAGAUUGUAAAAGCACUUAACUAAUUUUAUUACUUUGUAAUAUUUGAUCCUAGAAACAUGUAUUUAUUUUUGUAAAUAUUGUGACUACGUCUAUUUUGUAUUAAAACAUAAAAUAUAA